CUUUUUAGAGAGAAUUCAAAUAAAUUUCAUCACUAUUUUGUCAAGACCAAUAGCAACUACAAUAUUCGAUCCGCAUCGAUCGAAAUUUACAAUUAAUGGGUAAAUGCCAAUUCAAUUCGUCGAUAAGCCAUUCAUAUCACUUUCUCCUCGCAAAAAAAACAGUCUGAUCACGAUCCGUUGGUCAGUAAUAAUGAUAUAUUCUAUGCUCACAAUCAUCAUGAAUCUCAUUUUGUUAUGUUAAUGCUCGAAAAUUUGGUAUUUCUUUUAAGAAGUUUCUCUGAAUCAACGAUAAGAGAAGAGAAAAAAAAUACAUAUUAUUCUUCUUAUGUUAUUAUUAUUGACUUAUGUUUAUAUCAUUCUGUUUUCAUAUCUAUUUCAUUCAAAAGGCAAGUCCUUGAUAUAUGAUAUAAUAAUAAGCGGUGAAGGUAUUAUCCAGUUAGAAAGUUUUCGUCAAUUAACAUUAAAUGGUUAUAAGAACGUUUUAUUAUUAGAUAAAUCGUCACGGAUAUUAACUGAUACAAGUUCUGGUAAUAGUGGAAUAUUACGUACAAGAUUUGAUACAAUACCACAAACAUUAGAAUCAAAAUUAGUUAAACGUGAUUAUGAAUUGUAUUGA